AUGAUGAUGAUGAUGACGAUGAAGACCGUGACGACGGUGAUGAAGGUGUGUGUCCUGCUGCUGUGUGUGUGUAGCGUGACGUCGGCACGGAGACUCCAGCUGGGCAGCUGCCACGUCAGCGUCCACACACACGAGCUGCGCCAACACUUCCUCUCCAUCCGCCAGAGUGUGGUCACCCAGGACACACAGAUUGGCAUCCGCCUGCUGAGGAGUGACAUUUUGAAGGAUGUUCAGGGUUCCCAGAGCUGCUGCUUCCUGCGUCACCUGUUGCGGUUCUACGUGGAACGUGUGUUCGGGAGCCCCGCCGCCACACACACACUGCAGCAGAGGACCACAGGAGUGCUGGCCAACGCCUUCCUCAGCAUCAAGAAGGACCUGCGCCAGUGUCAUGACCAGAUGCACUGCCAGUGUGGAGAGCAGAGCAGACUAAAGAUGGAGGCCAUCCUCGCCAGCUUUGACAAGUUGGAGCCCAAGGCUGCGACGGUGAAGGCUGUGGGGGAGCUGGGUGUGGUGUUGGAGUGGCUGGAGUCCUUCCACACCAGCAGGGAUGUUCCCUCGGACGCCAUGCACGGCUAG